AUGCAUAAUCAUUCCUUUUUUUUGCCUUUAACGAUUCUAAACCCCUUAUUCAUAAUGACAUCUGUUCGAAUUAUAUUAUGGUUUCUAUUAUCAUCAUCUAUUCUUCCUUUGAUUGUGACAUCUAAUUCUACCAAAAUAUCUCGUAUACAGGAUUUAUCAUUUUUCCAACAAAUUCAAGAAUUUGCAAAAUGGGAAGAGGAGAAUUUAUUUAAACCAAAAUCAUUAAGUUUUCCUACAUCAAAUACUACAAACAAUACAACAAGAGAUGUAUCAACAUUUCAUUCAAAUAUAACUAAUAGAACAUUUGUUUUACCAAUAGUUAAUCAAUAUUUCAAUAAGUCUUCUAAAUUGUUAAAUAUUUCUUUCUUUGCACAAGGGAAAGGAAAAUCUAAAAAACCAAAUUGGACAGUUACAUCUGGAUUUUUUGCCGAUAAAGAAGUUGAAGAUGAUGGUCGAGAAGAAGAAUGUUGUUUUCCAAUUAGAGAAAUUCCUGUUGCCAAACCACCACCAAGACCCAAAGCACCAAAACCAAAACCAAAAAUGAAAUAUAAUCCACCUCCAGAAUAUUGGCCACAACCUGGUACUUGGUCAGAUAGUUCAAGUAGUGAUGAUAAUGAUGAAGAAAGUAGUAGUUGGAGUGAUGGAAGUUUAAGUGAUGAAAGUUGUAGUGAUGAUGAUGGUGGUGGUGGAAAUAAGUUAUGGUUUUUGGGAUUUAAUGCACCACCUGUUGAAAAGCGAGUUUCUAUUAUUCCAAGUUCAAAAUUAGUUACUAGAGUAAGUGAUGAGUUUCAUAAUUUAUAUAUUGAUCCUCAAAUGAAACAAUAUGAAAAGAGAAAUUACAUGGAAGAAUAUCAAGGUUUUGAUGAAGAUCUGGAUACUAAUAAUGAAAUUAGUUAUGGGGAUCUAUAUGAAUCAAGUUCCAAUAAUAUUAUUGGACUUGGGAGAAAGUGGACUCUAUUUUUAUUUUCUUUGUUGUAA